AUGGAACAUCAGAUUUUCAGCCGGCUAGCAACCUUGCCCAUUAUCAUUUGCAAAACAUGCCAGCACGGCGUGUGGCCACGGGAAGUCCAACGCCAUUUGAAAAACGGAGCCCAUCAGCUGGUUUCCCAUCAGGAAACUGUCCAGAUCAGCGAAGCCGUCCGACAGUGGCCCAAUCUGACACAUGAGCCCACCGAAAUCGACUGGCCCAGGCAACUAGAGCAGUCCGUUCCUGGAUUACCGAUCUAUACCGAUGGAUUAUUAUGCCAGCGGGAUCCCGAGUGCCGAUAUGUAACCCGAAACCUCCAGACCAUGCGGGAACAUUGGCGCCGGAUACAUCAAUGGUCCCCAUAUUCCGGCCGCGGCCGCGUUAGCCGUCUACAGCAGGAAGAGAUCAAUUGUCAACUAGCUCAAUCAUAUAUUUCAGUUACGUACCAGCGCAUAUUUCCUACCCGGCAGGGAUCCCAGAACAUUCCUAUCAUCAGCCAGGAGGAAAUCCCAUUCAGUACUCCCAACACGAUCGAUCAGGCGCUGCAGGAGGUCGAGACUGCAUGGAGCGAGGCACAAGCCGCCCAGGCGCGGGAGACCAUUCAGGCGUGCGAGAUUACCGACGCGAACCCGUGGCUGCGUAUGACCGGCUGGUCGGAAUACCUGAAAGCCGUCGCCCCCCACGAUUUAACCCGGGUAAUUGCUCCGCCCGAGGACCCAACCGAGCCCGAGGACCCGAUCGAACAGGGAGUCCGCCGGCUGUGGACCACAAUGGAACAGCUGGUCCGUAAAUGCCAGCGGACGGUCCGAUACAGUAGUUUCGCUAUCCGAUUUACUGCGGUACAAUCAGAUGCCGGGGCUGCCCCGCCGCACCAGCCGCUGCAGGCAUAUAUGGAUGCAGACAGUAUUGUUAAACACGUCCAGCCGUGGCAACAAAUUCUCGCUUUUAUUGCCCGUACCCAGGCCCCUCACGAUUGGACCAGCCCGCCGUACGGGAUGACCCCCCGGCAGCGCAAACGGUGGCGCCAGCUGUGGGCGCUAGCUGUACAGCCGUCGCAACCCAACAGCAAUGAAGGUAUCGAAGCCGAGGAGAUAGACGAGAUGGCAGCGUGGCAGAUGAACCCACUGGAGCAGCGGUGUUUGCAAUUUUGUAUCGAGCUGCUAAACCAGAAGCAGCGGGGAUACGAGUACGAAAGUGUACUCAUCUGCGCCAUGGCCGUCCAGGGCUGGAGUUUUGACCGCUGGCGGAAUGCCGAGAGUUACCCGCCGAUCUUGUCCCGCGUGAUCAAGGUGGCUCGAUUUAUGGUGGUGCAAAAGGCACUGUGGCUGGACCCGGACCCGGAGACUAUUAUCCAGACAUGGCUGCAAAAGGCAGACUGUACCCAAUGGGCAUUAGCCAGUGCCGAUAAUACGCUGGAAGAUAUCGAGUCCGAUGACGGAUAUUCCAGCGAGGCCGAGGCAGACCGGCCACGAUAUCCUUCCAGAUUCCUGUCCCCGUCAUCCCCCCCCACAUCGUCCGUGCGAAUCAACAGCCAGGAGCUACAGCCGCUAGUUGCCACCCCCCGGACCCGCCGCACGGGCAAGUCGUUCCAGGAACAGUUAGCGUCCAUGGUGCAGGCAUUUAUGGUACGGGGGACAGCCGGGCCCAUGCAGACGCUGCUAGACUGGCGGACAUACGGGCUCAAAAUCCACUACAAUACUACUGCCGCGGGACAUAUUACCUGGCACGGUAACGAAGAGAUCGGAUACCAGCACAUCCAGUUUACCAUGGGCGAUUUCCGCGGCUUCGUGCAUGGGCUAGUCGGGGCCACCCGGCAGAAACUGUAUGAUAUCCUCGGUGUCAGCCAGACUCACGAGUUGCCGGUCAUCCCGUGGCAUGCCAUGUACGACGAUCCCACCCAGCGGACGGUAGGAUGGAGCUUUUUAAAGGACGGGCGCACGCAGUGGCCGAUAGACGGGCCGCAGUGGGUCCGGGACCGGCUGCGGACCGAGCCGGCUAUGCAGGCCCGAUUUACUGUCCGGCAGCGGCGGCAACAACUGCACCCCCCGGCCGUGGCACAGUACUUCCAGCAGGUAGUGCAGUUCAAAGAGAAGCUGGCCGUCCUAGUACAGGUAGUGGCCGGGCAGCCGGCUCGGGCCCCCGAGCUAUUAAGUAUCCAACAUGUGAAUACCACGACCAACCGGCAGCGCAAUGUAUUUAUCGAGGACGGGCUGGUAGCAAUGCAACUUAAGGCGUGGCAGGUAUGGCACGAGUCACCGUCUACAGCCAGCCGGGCUUCCCCCAGCCGGGAGGAUGCGUUUAUCUGGGGACCCGAUCCCGGGACGCGGCGUCAAUGGUCAUCCGAACGACUGCGUGAAACAUUCAAACGCGAGACGAAGAUGGCAUUGCGCCACCCGAUCAAUAUCCAGGCAUACCGGGAGCUCGCUAUCGGGAUCAGCCGGCGGUUCAUGCGGCCAUCCAGCGCGUUUGUGCAUAACCGCCAGGAGGAACAGGAGGUCGCGGUACAGGCACUUAACCCGGACGCUGAAGAUGGAAUGGAUCCAGAGCAAUGGAUGGGCCAUAUUGCCGACCUGCAGGCAGCACACUCGUCCCACUUAGCCGGUACCGUAUAUGCGCGGGAUAUCAUGGAGCAAGCUGGUACUACUGCUUACCGGCGGCAAAUGUUUCGCUUGUCCAGUACGGACUGGCACCGAUUUUUAGCAUUUGAAUCGGCCGUUAUACCGCCCGCCGAAGUCCGUGGCCAGCGGACACGGUCCCCGUGGGAGGCCGAGGCCGAAGAAAACCAGGUAAUGCGGCGCCACCGGCUGCAUAUUGCCGAUAUGGGCCAAGCACUGCGCGAGAUGAGCGGUCAGGAGACAGCCGCAUUGCGGGGAAUCCAGGCCCCGGCCAUCCGGGCCAUCCAGGACGGGACGAGCCCGGUGGUAGCAGUUAUGCGGACAGGAGGCGGUAAAAGUAUGCUAUUCAUGCUGCCCGCGUUCGUAGAACCUGGGGGUACGACGAUCGUGGUCGUCCCGCUGGUCGCACUGCGGCAGGACAUGAUGUCGCGAUGCCGGGCACUAGGCAUUCCAUGUGUGGCGUGGGAGAGCCGGCGGCCGCCCGACGAGGCAACCAUUGUACUGGUUACGCCCGAAUCAGCUGUUACCGACGAUUUCCAGACGUUCAUUAACCGGCUGCGGCAGACACGGCGACUGGAUCGGAUCGUGAUUGACGAGUGCCACACCGUAUUAAAUAACCAGCGCGAUUUCCGGCCAGAAUUGCGGCAAUUAGGACAGUUGAAUCACGCCCGCACGCAGAUGGUAUUAUUGACGGCCACGUUACCGCCGCAGCUGGAGCCCACGUUAUGGCAGCGAAUGGGAUACUCGGCGGACUCAGUGCAUUUGUUCCGGGAUCGCACCAGCCGGUCCAAUGUCGCAUACCGGAUCUGGGAGCCCGACGUCCCGCGCCGGACUGGAUCCGCGUGGGUAACCAGCGAGCCGGUAAUAGCAUUUAUCCGGGAGCGAAUUCAACAGGCACAGGAUGGGCGGAUCAUAAUAUACGGGUCCGUAGUAAGCCAGGUCGUUGCCGUGGCGGGCGAGCUGGCAUGUGAAGCAUUUUACAGCGCGCAAAUCGAUAAAACCUCCAUUUUACAGCGGUUCAUCGAGGGCCCGAGCCGGGUGAUCGUUGCCACCAGCGCACUGGGGAUGGGGGUAGACAUUCCCGAUAUCCGGAGUAUCAUUCACCUGGGCAGACCGCGGUCAUUAUUGGAGUACGCGCAGGAGAGCGGACGGGCCGGCCGGGAUGGGCAAACCAGCGAGGCCAUUAUCAUUCAGCCCGCCGGAUGGGCCGCCCGGAUGCCGGAUGCAUCGAUCGAUAUGACCGGGACCGACCAGGAGCUGGUCGACCAGUACAUGGAGGUUGAACCCGGGGUCGGAUGCCGACGAUAUGUGUUAGACGGAUACAUGGAUGAGACGAUAGACGGGUACAGCCGGCGGUAUUGCCAGGAUUCCGACGUCCACGAGAUCGCAUGUGAUGGAUGUGACCCCGAUUGGAUGGCACAUGAGUCCGUGGUCAGCGUAUCCCCAUCCCCCGGUCCAUUCGCGAGCCAGGAAGCCAGCCAGGAGGCCAGCCAGGAGGUCAGCCAGGAGGUCAGCCAUCAGGUCAGCCAUCAGGUCAGCCAUCAGGUCAGCCAUCAGGUCAGCCAUCAGGUCAGCCAUCAGGUCAGCCAGGUCACAAGCUAUUCCAACACUGGGUCCCCCAGCCCGUCCGCCAGUGAAGCAUCCAGUGACUCGUUUGUCACCCAGGUCCAGCAUCCAUCGCCCAUCCCGUCCGCAAGCCCCCCAUCGGGUCCAUCAGAUCCCAAUCAGCCCCCCCGUGCGAAACGCCGGCGGACCGACAGCAUCGAGCCCCCGCCCCCCACCGAGCCGCCCACGGUAGAUAUCGUCGAGCGCCAGCGCCAGCGGGUGCAGGCCCAGCGCCAGGCCGCCCCGCACGUCACCCGCCAGGCCAUCGACGCGCAGCAGUGGCUGGAUGAGGAGAUCAUCGAGCGGGAGGUGCCCCCGUGGCAGCGGCGGUGUUACAUAUGCACGCUAGGGGGGCACGAUCGGUACGAACACGAGCUGUAUUUUUGCCGCAAUCCGGAGGCCACACGGGCCCAGGCGUGGAUGCAGGCCGUCCGCAGCCAGCGGAUCCGAUAUGCCCCGUAUUCGGCGUGUUUCCGCUGUGGGAUGCCGCAGACCAUUUGCCGCCAGUGGGACCAGAGCGUACCCCGGCGGGGAGAUUGCGUGUAUAAGGAUAUAUUGGUUCCCAUGACGGCAAUGAUGUUGUUUGGACCGUGGUACGACCAGAUCCAGCCGUUGUGGCAGCGGCGCUUACGGCAACACGAGGUAGAUAGCGAAGAUAUCGGGCAGGUUGUACGGUUUUUCGGGCAGGCCACCGACGGAGCCCGGGGGCAACACAGCCAGUUGUUCCAUACAUUUUGUUGGUUGUGGCAGAUUUGCAAGGAAUUGGAGGGCAUCCACUGUACACCCGGAAUCCGGCAGUUUAUCAGUUAG